AUGCUGCGGCCCCCCGUAGGCGCGCCGAGCCCCGUGCGUGCCUACGGGUUUCAGCCCUCGUUUAUUUCGAUGGUUCUUGGAUCAGAACGGGCGAUGUGCUUCUGUCGCCAAGGCAUCGCCCGUUCGACCGACAAUACUGGAGCGUCUCGUCUUCGGAUGGGACGCCGGCUCCAGAAGGAAAUGAGCUUGCACGUGGUGGCGAACGCUGCGGUUCCUGGGCCGGACGAUUUAUGCGAUGGCCGGGAGGUCCGCAGCCCGCUCACUGUGCGGAAAGCUGAGGAAGGGAGAGGGCAGGUCCAGGCACGAAACGUCAACGUCUCCCGUGUGUGGACUCGCAUAUCAAUGCCUGUGGAUAGACGACGCUUUGAAUCUAUUCAGCAAAGUGAAGAUGACGCCCCACUCAUGCCUGCCGUGAACUCCGGACUCAUGUCUACGUAG